UUAUUUAUAUGGUGGAGUGCUCGUCCUGGCAGAACAUGAAGCACCAGUUAUUCUCGACCUUCUCAGAGCCGCUGACGAAUUGUGCAUCGACGACCUAUCAGAAUUCAUUCAAGAUCAUCUUGUCAAUAAUCCAUGGAUAUUGAUGCCAUUUUUCGUUCUCGUUCAUCGAUUCGCAUCCGAAGAGAUUAGAUAUCCGAAAAUACGAAAAUGCGUGUUAGAACUUCUCAAAGAAAAUCCUUCAACAAUAUUCGAUUCAAUUGAUUACACCUCGUUUAGUCAAGAGACCUUGUUGGUUCUUUUCAAGAGUCACGAUUUCUUGUUAAAACCCGUGGUCCUGUGGAAAAAUCUUGUUGAAUGGGGAACUGCAAAUAUCAAUCAGCUAUCCAGUGACUCGUCGGUCUGGGAAUCCGAAGAUUUCCGUUCCCUCGGGACUCUACUGAAACCAUUUAUUCCUUUUAUUAGAUUUGUUGAUAUGAGCACUGAGGAUUUUUCUAAAGAAGUGAAGCCCUGGAGACAUUCUUUGGAGCACAUAGAUCAAGGAUUGUAUUCAAGCAUAGAGCAAAAUUUUAAUCCGUCACAAAGUUCCGAGGACAAAUUGCCAAAGAAUCCGUAUGACCACAUCGACUCAAUCCUUAUGACACCAAAUGAUGCGGAGAUAAUAGCGAAAUGGAUUGAUGAAACGAAGGCGCAAUCAAACCACACCUAUGUAUUUGAUCGAUUAUUCCGGGGAAGUGAGCAUGGCUUUACGCCAGAGUCCUUUCACCGGUGCUGCGAUGAUGAAGGACCCACCUUAACCCUCUUGCGAGUCGAAAAUACGGGAGAAAUUAUUGGCGGUUAUAAUCCGCUUAGCUGGCGCUCUAAUGUAAUUGGCUACAGUUCAACGAGUCGAAGCUUUGUCUUCGCCCUCGGGGAUAAGGCAUUCUACUACAAUCCCGUGGUAAGUGAGGUCGAGGACCAUUCCAAAGCGAUAUAUCAGAGUGAAUUCUAUGGACCAUGUUUUGGUGGCGGGGAGUCAGACUUAAGAUUGUUCGGCGAACAUUUCAGGGAUGAAAGUGGAUGUAGAUGCGUUAAGAAUAGUUAUAAGAAAAAGAUCAGGGAGAGCGAGGAGGUAUUUUGUAUUGACGAGUUGGAGGUGUUUCGGGUUCUCGAUACUUAA